AUGGACAGCGAAAACAGCUCACUGCCAAAAGCUCUAGCCCCGGAACUUAAAGCUUACCUGGACGCUAUGUCAGGGAACAUCAUCACGACUAUCUCUAUGCAGCUACAAGAAUUCCAAAAAUCAAUAGAGAGCUUGAAAGCCGAUAUAGAAAAGCGGGAUGAAAGUUUCAGUGUCUUCCAACAGGAAACCAAAGAUUUCCAAGACGAUACGAGAGCAAGACUCGACAAACUAGAGAAAAGUCCCUGGGAAGACCAAUACAUCAUAGACAUGGAGGGUAGAAUCAAGGCAUUAGAAGAAACAUCAAAUUCCAAUCCACCAAUCCCCCUUUACGCGGAAGUGUGCAAAAGAGUUAAGAAGAACCCAGACUCUGUUGUCCGAAGUCAACACUUUUUACAAGUCACAUUCGGUGUUGAAGACCAGGUGCUCUCAGCGAGAAUAGUGUCUAAACCUAGGACUCGCCCCAUCGUUGUUGUCCAACUGAAGUCAUCCGAUAUUAAACGUACGAUUCUAAAACUGAAGAAAGAAAAGCUAAACGGAAAAGAUGUAUACAUCGAGCCAGAUCGCACACCAGAAGAUCGGAAGAUCUUCCUGAGCWUAAGAGCUAGAKCCAAAGAAGCCGARAAGGCAGGAAAGAGAGCCACGAUACGUAAUAAAACCAUCGAGAUCGACGGACAACUAUUCCAUUGGCAGGCUGACUCUAACAAUAUCCAGCCAGUGGCUAAAAACCAACCCAAAGGCACAGUGAGCUUCCCAACAAAACCUGACUUUCUAGGCAUUUGCGAGACAUGGGUCUCGCAGAAGAUAGUAGCGGCACCGGCGCCUUGGGACAAUUACAACUACGAAUACUCAGAAGCAGUCAAAGAAAAAAGUACUGGCCGUGCGAGUGGUGGUUUUAUGGUUUUAAGUAAUAAGGAUUACGAUAUGUUGUUAAUAGGAAAAUCAGAAAUGUAUGUCUUUGUGUGUGUCCGUAAAAGGGAUGUAAAUUAUGUGUUAGGAACCAUCUACUGGAAACUGAAUUAUGAUAUAAACAUUGCGCUAGAAUCGUUACAACUAAUUUUAGACGAAAUUAUGRSGGACUAUAAAAAUGUUCCAAUCGUAAUUGCAGGCGAUUUCAACGCAAGACUUGGCUCGAUCGGUGACCUUGAGGCGGAGGUUGUAGAAAAUACUGUGCUUAGUAAUCAGAGAAAUUCUAAAGAUCUCAAAGUAAAUUCACGGGGUWCAGAACUAAAUAAUUUUAUGGAAAGUAAUGGUUUUAUUCUGUUAAAUGGCCGAACGAUAAGAGAUCUAAAGGGCGAGUAUACUUUUGAGAACMAUAACGGUCAAAGUACAAUUGAUUUAUGUUGGAUCAAUACGCAGUUYAUGGAUAUUGYAGAAAAUUUUGAGGUAUUGCAAACUGUUACGGGAUCGGAUCAUUUCCCAAUUGGAGUGAGUCUGCAACUGCCACUCAACGUUGGAGAAUAUGCAAAUAAUGAACAGGAAAAAAGUACAAAAUACAUUAAGCAACCAAAAUUCAUAUGGGAACCGAGCAAGCYUGCUGAAUACCAAGACCUAUUAAAUAAUUUAAGUGUACGAGUKGAAGCCUUUACAAACACUGACAAUUUAUCAGUGGAUGAGCAAAGUAAUAUCCUAUCGACAGCAAUUCAAAAGGCGGCUCUGAAAACCGGAAUGUGGAAAGAAGUAAAAAGAUCCAAUGUGCGGAGGUUUCAUGCCCCUUGGUACAAUAAAGAUAUUCUGGUCCAUAAAAGAAAAGCUCAAAAACUGCUUCGGAAGAUUAAAAAUUCGGAUAUGAACAACAACUUACUGCAAGCUGAGUAUCUCAAAGUAAAAAAAGAAUACAAACUCUCAAUCGCCAAUAGAAAAGCUGACUAUUACAAAGAAUUGAAGAAUAGAUUUGCCGGGGUAAGGAAUUCAAAAGAAUUCUGGCAGGCUGUACGUAGAUGUAAAAUUAGCACCUUUACUCCAAACCUGAUAGA